CCGCAAGGCCGCUUCACCUGGUUGGGCCUCGCCGCGAGCCCACAAGUUUGCCGUGGGCUCUGUGAGGUGGACCUCAGUUGCGAGGCGUAUCAGUACUUUGACCAAGGCUUUCCAAAUAAGAACUGGGCUGCUUCGUGCUACGCCAUCACUGACGCAAUGGCGCGAUCGAGUCAGAAGUUGCCGGUGGCUGAACAGAACAGCACUGCCGGUGCCACCCAGCUGCUGCAAAGCGCUCGAACCCAGGCCUUCCUCGGUGACUGUACCGGCGACUUCGCCCGCCCAGAGAACCGGGUUUACCAGAAGGGAGCCUGCGCUCGGGGAGAGGAUGUGUGCAAGCAGGUAACGAACAUGCUGGAUACUGCGCGCGUGCUGAAGAAUAGCGUACUCACGUGGGGCGGCGCUGCGAGUGGCAAGCCGUUUGUUGAGUCGCAGCGCGCGUUCCCCAGCAAAGAUGUCUGCGACGAGACUGCGAACAGCUUCGUGAGCUGCUGGGAGAGGGACCAAAGCAAAUCGUUGUUCGCAGACGACAGUGGAAGUCCGAAGAAGUUCUUCGCAGCUACCGCGUCUCCGGGCACGCCGUCGAACACUUUGACGCACACUUCGGCACGCUUGGGCACGUACUACGAACUGUUCCAGGUCGGAAAGACGUGCGCUACCUCUGGCGGGCAAGACUUCUACCACUGGCAGCUCACUGCACGCACCGCGCAGGCUUGCUUCGACGCUUGCGACCAGUACGCAGAAUGCCAAGGCAUCACGAUGCAGCGCUACACCUGUGACAGUGGCUACACGCCGGGCGACGCUUCUACAUGCAAGCAGGGUGGCAGCACUGUGAGCUGCGAUCUUUGCGCGAAAGGAAACGCCGUCAACUGCAAGCUACUAUUCCCAGAGAAGUGUCCAACAUCUGCGCCUCUGGCUGGGGCCGUGGAUCGCUGCGCACCAGCAGCGAACACGGUGUAUGGCAGUGGAGUAUCGAUAGCAGGAGGCCAGUCGGCAAGCGACAACUCGCAUUGCUGGCGGCGACAGGUACUGGGUGACCUGACGUCGAGCGACGAAAAGGAGCGCUCGUUGGCGCGCAGCUUCUUCCCCUUUGCAAAGCUGGAUAGUGCCGCCACGGCAGCAGGUGUUUCGUUUGUGCGCUCUUCCA